AUGAUCAACCUUCUCCCCAACCUCACCCACCGAGUCAUCGACCUGGCCCUUCAUGAAUGCCAGCUGGAGGGUGAGUUCUGUUUCAAAGAAAGCAGUAACAUUAGUGUUUGUCUAAUUGAGGACUGUCUCAACACUACAGAAGGUUUUAUGCAGCACUGUCUAAUGUCGACGAAGGGUGGUGAAGAUAGUGAGGUGGAUUCUGCAUCCGACCCAGACUCGGAAGAGGUAUCUUCUAAGACGCGAGAUCGACCGCUAACUUACGAAUCUUACACCAAAGCCUUGGCUGAUGCCCGAAAGCACGGCAGGAAAGCCAAAAAUUCCAAGAAAGGAAUGCAGCCCUGGCAAAAAUGGUGUUCACAGACGAAAAACAGCGGGAACGUGGCUCUGAUGAGAUGGACUGAGUCGAGCGAACAGCGUGGAGAAGAAGGGGAUGAACGAGUUGUUCUGGUAAAGCCGCUACUGUGCAGGGGUGAAAAGGUGAACAAGUUCUUCAAACAGUUAGACCAGAAGAUAGCAGCUGAGCGCACUCCUCAAGCUCGCCGUCAGCUCAUGCGUAGGGUUGUUGCAAGUGAUCCUUCCGCUCGUACAGCUCCUGUAGAGGACAAUCUCCCACCAUGGUUAUUCAAUGAGUGA